AACAUGACCAACAUGGCAGGAAAUAACAGGGGAGGACCUAUACUUUGAAAUAACAUCAAAGCAAACCACUGUCAUUUCUUAUUCUAGUCUUAAAACACCCUCAAAAUGAACGCUGAAGUUGAAAACAAUAUUAGACAAAAUCAUCCGUGGACAAAAUUACCCGCUAAUGUGAAACAGCUUCUUGGGAACAGUUCAAAGGAAUAUGACAAAGCAGUGGUCCAGUUUAGUGUCAACAAUCAGCUGAGACACAAAACCAAUCUUGUGAGAACCAUUCGCAAAGAUGAGAAACGCUACUACGAGGACCUGUUGCAGUAUAGCCAGGAGCACCUGAUGCUGUACCCGUACCACCUGUCGGAUGUAAUCGUUAAAGGCCUGCGCGUGACACCCUUCAUCUACUACACGAACAUGAUGUCCGACAUCAUGACACAGGAGAAGAGCUACGACUCACUGCCAAACUUCACAGCUGCGGACUGUCUCAGACUUCUUGGUAUUGGACGGAACCAGUACAUUGACCUCAUGAACCAAUGCAGAUCUUCCAAAAAAUUUUUCCGGCGAAAACCUCCAAAAGAGCUUUUGCCAACUAAACCUGUAGAGACAGUCCAGAUAGAGUCUUGGUGGAUGGUGAAUAUUGGAUUUAUAACUGAAGAUGAUAUUAAGAUGUGUUCAAAGCAAGAGAAGGACAUUAUUGACACUAUCAUCGAUCAGGGAUCACAGAUGGCAGGGGAAAUCAAUCACAAACUUCUCCAUAGUUUAUACAGAAAAGGUCUCGUUUACAUUGAUGUUCCCAUUGAAGAUGAUGACUGUAUCAUAGUUCCCCCACUUGAAAACUUCGUGAUGAAUCGAGUGCUGGGUGACUACUUUGAAACUCUGCUGUACAAGAUAUUUGUCUCUAUAGACGAGCACACAUCUGUUGCAGAGCUCUCAAAUGUAUUGCAGAUUGAUUUACAACUUGUUAAGAUGGCAGUGUCCAUGUAUUGUCGACUGGGUUUUGCACGCAAGAAAGGGGCCGAACCUUCAGAAGAAGACCUUCACCCUUCAUGGCGGGAAGUUAAAGUCCCUACCAAAAAAGUCUCCCAGGAUCAGUUGAUUAUCAAUUGGGGUGAGGCACUAGACGAUGCAACCUUGAACCAAGACAACCCCGCCCCACCCGCCCAUAUCAAGGUCCCCUCAGAUACCAGCCUGGUCAACAUUGAAGAUGCUAUGGAAUCAUCCACAAUAGGUGCCAGUAAGCGAAUAGCCUUCAUGUUUGACUCGACCCUUACGGCGUUCCUCAUGAUGGGAAACCUUUCACCGGGCCUGAAAAGCCACGCUGUUACAAUGUUCGAGGUUGGAAAACUUAGCGACGAAAGUUUGGACAGCUUCCUCUCUGAGCUGGAAAAGGUAGGUUUUGAGGCAGAGGGUGAAGCAAGGAGGUAUUUUGUUCACGCUCAGUUGCUGCGUAACACAGUACGCUUUCUACGCUACAACCGCAGCCUCUGUCCGGAUCAAGAGUCAGGCUCAGCAGUGGACCUUCUACGCUGCGAGAGCCUGCUCAGUUUAGAUGCUUCAACACGAUCUCGGGUGCUGAACAAAAACUACAACUUGCUGGUUUCCAUGGCGCCUCUAAGCUACGAGAUUCAACCAGUUUCCAGUUGCACACCACAUCACUUGGGGCCAGCCAUCCCUGAGGUAAAUUCAGUUUGGUUCAAGUUGUAUAUCUACAGCCUGACAAAGUCUGGGCCUCCAUCUCUGCUACUGGUCAAGGGAACAAAACUCCGUAGACUGCCUAAAAUAUUUCUAGAAUAUGACCGGUUGCUAGUGACGACGUGGGGUCAUGACCCGAGUGUAAUCAGUACUUCUAAUAUUCUCCUCACAUUGAAUGAUGCUCUCUCACAUUCCGCUGUGUUCGUUCAGGCUCAUGGGUGGAAGUCUGAUGGUAGAAUAGUACAUGUCCCUUUCCCCCUAGAUAGUAACACAGGUCCAUUUAUAAAGGGCCACUACCAAAACCAUUGUGCAAUAGAAGCGUUACAGUCCCAUAUUGACUUAAAUCACCAGUGUGGCUUUAUCACAUUGCUGAACACUGGUCGGGAGUCAAAGACAAUAUGGAAACACGAGGAAGAAGAUGAAGAAUUGAACUUUAAUUCAAAUAACUCACACUCAAUGACAGGCAGUGUUGUUUCCUCUGAUAGUAACAGCCAUAUUUUGGAUGAGCCAGUCAAUGGUGUGAAAGAUAAGCUCUCAGCGGCCAUGUUGGCAUCAGAAAUUGACCUCCUAGAGGAAAGUGAUGGCAAGGGAGAUAAUUCAGAAAGUGUUGCUGCAAAACCAACCAGUCUGGAACUGAAAAAAUCAGUAAAUGAACUUCAAACCAGUCUAGUGGAAAGUGAAUGGGCUCUAUUGGACUGUUAUUUUGGAAUUCCACUAUUUGAUCCCACCAUCAAUAAGGAAAUUUGUGAGCGGGUAGUGUCUCAAAAGUUAUUUCAUUCAAGCAGUCUAGAGGAGUUGUUGAAUGCAAGCAGGAAAGUUGCCCUUCGACUUUUGAGUUUUAUUGCAAAGCAGCAGGACACAUCAGGUGCUUUAGACCCUGCAGACCCGUACAGUGUUCAGAGGGACCCCUUCGUCCCCUACCCGACCCAGUGUCUAGUGUUCAGUGAAGGGCAGCUUCGGACAUGGGAUUCAAGAUAGGGCUUCUGUGAUUAACAAAAUCAGCAUCUGCCUAUAUUUACUGUUAACCAUCAAGUAGGUUUUACCCAGGAAAUGGACUCAAUAGAGUGUUUCAAUAAGCUGUAAGCAUUUGAUACAAUCAAGCUAAAAUAAAUUGGAUAAAAUUGAAUUGAACUAAAGUAUAAAUAAGCAGCAGUAAAAUUUAGACUGCUUUCUGUCAUUUGCAAAAGCGAGAUUAGAAGUAACAAAGGUUUAUUGCAACUGUAAGCUAGAAGUGUUUAGUAAUAAUGUUUUACUGUUUACUGUCGAAUGCAGAAUUUAAAUGUUUUGAAUGUUAACUGCAAACUGCACAUGCUAUUUUGAAAUGAAACUUGACGCAUUUAACCCCAUUUUCCUUCAGCUAGGCAAUAUAUGUAUAAAUAUGUAAAUGUAUGCACACGAUAAUGUCAGUUUGUUUGAGUGAUGAUCAAUAAUAAUAAUUGUAAUGAAUUUGGAUGAUAUAUUCCAUGCUUUCAGAUGAAAGUGUCAGUAGUAGUACAAGUAAAUAAGGUUAAAUAAUACAAUUUCUUUAUUUAAAAGACGCUUGUUAGUCCCCUACUGGUUUCACCGGAGGGGACUUAUGGUUUGCGCUCUGUGCGUCUGUCUGUCUGUCCGUCUGACACACUUUUCUGGAUCCUGCAAUAACUUUCAAAGUUCAUUAUAUUUUUUAAUGAAACUUAAAACAUGGGUAGAUGGCAAUAUGGACAUUAUGCAUGUCAUUUUGUUUUGUUCCUACGUCAAAAAUUCUGGUUGCUAUGGCAACAAAUAGACUAGAAAUACUGCUGGAAAUGGUGGUUUUCCGGAUCCUGCGAUAACUUUAACAGUUCUUAAUAUUUUUUCAUGAAACUUGAAACAUGGAUAGAUGGCAAUAUGGACAUUAUGCACGUCAUUUUGUUUUGUUCCUAUGUCAAAAAUUCUGGUUGCUAUGGCAACAAAUAUAAAAAAUAUAUAUAUUUCUGACAAUGGUGGAGCCGGUAGGGGACUUGUAUUGCUUGACAAUAGUCUUGUUAUUAAAGCAGUUCAAAGAUUCAACAUAACUAUUGUGUCUAUUUUUGCAGAAUUAGAUUUUAAUCAUUGUCGGGUUGAAUGCAAAAGUAUUGUAACUGAUGAAGCCAUGUAAAUCACAUACACUAGUUCUAGAUUCAGCCUUUGAGAGCUUUCGAGGAUAAUGCAAACAUGAUCUUUUAAUAAUGCAUUCUUCUUUGAAGAAUGAUCUGUGCUUGGGACCAAAAGAUUUAGAAUAGUGUUCAAGUAUGGAGCUGCUAUCAAAAUGAUAGACUGUUCUUGUUUGUACAGACUGUUCUUGUUUGUACAAUGAUAGACUGUUCUUGUUUGUACAAUGAUAGACUGUUCUUGUUUGUACAAUGAUAGACUGUUCUUGUUUGUACAAUGAUAGACUGUUCUUGUUUGUACAAUGAUAGACUGUUCUUGUUUUUACAAUGAUAGAAUGUUCUUGUUUGAACAGACUGUUCUUGUUUGUACAAUGAUAGACUGUUCUUGUUUGUACUUUUUAAUGUAUUGUUAACCAGUGAUUGUUAAUUGUUUACUUGUUUUACGAUAGUGAUAUGAAAUGGCGAUCUGUUGGUUUAAGUAGAUUUUAAUUCAUGAAUGAUCAUAAAAAUAAAUAUUUUUUAUACAAUCCUGCAGAUAUGGCUGAAAAUAUUUUUUUCUAUGUAGUCAAAAGUUAAAUAAAAACUACUGAAACCAACACAUUGACUUGUUAUUUUAUGCUUAAAAUGUUGUCUAUCAGGUAGAUUCCAUUGUCAAAAUGUUUAUGUUAUGAAAUGUGUAAAACAGUGCAAAUGAAAUAAAUUUUGUCUCUUUUCACCAAUGAUAUAAAAACUAUUUUUAGCUCAUCUAUUUUUUGAAAAAAAAUUAUGAGCUAUUGUCAUCACCUUGGCGUCGGCGUCGGUGUCGGCGUUGGCGUUGGCGUCGGCGUCCGGUUAAGUUUUGCGUUUAGGUCCACUUUUCUCAGAAAGUAUCAAUGCUAUUGCAUUCAAACUUGGUACACUUACUUACUAUCAUGAGGGGACUGGGCAGGCAAAGUUAGAUAACUCUGGCGUGCAUUUUGACAGAAUUAUGUGCCCUUUUUAUACUUAAAAAAUUGAAAAUUUUGGUUAAGUUUUGCGUUUAGUUCCACUUUUCUCAGUAAGUAUCAAUGCUAUUGCAUUCAAACUUGGUACACUUACUUACUAUCAUGAGGGGACUGGGCAGGCAAAUUUAGAUAACUCUGGCAUGCAUUUUGACAGAAUUAUGUGCCCUUUUUAUACUUAGAAAAUUGACAAUUUUGGUUAAGUUUUGUGUUUAGGUCCAUUUUAUUCCUUAAGCAUUAAAG